AUGGGACUUGUUUCUUUCAAAAACAUCGAUAAUGUCGAAAAUGGACACCCAUCAGGAAGCAAAGAAAAGGAAUGGGGAGAGGAGCGGGAGCGACUGCUUGGGCAAGUGAGUGGAUAUCGCGAUCCACGAAACAUUGUAGAAAGGGAAGAUUCGCUGCGAAUAGUUCAACAACAAUUAGCAGACACUAAGAAAAUUAACACUGAUUUAUACGAUAAGCUGAAAUUGUCGGACGAAAGAUGCCGACGUUUGGAGAGAGACGUGGGAAGGCUGAAAGAGCAGUACGUGCAGGAAACUGAAUCUUUGAAGAAAACCAUUUCCAAUCUAGAAGUGUCGAAUGCUGUUUUACAGGAGAAUGCACAGAAAAGAAAUAAGAAUGAAGGCGAGCAAGCUGUUCGAGCCGAGUUAGAGAAGAAAUAUGGUCAAAAUGCUGAACUUGUUGGAACAUUGCAGGAGAAGCAGAAUGCAUUAGCUGAGGCCGAAAGUGAGUUGGUUGUGCUACGACGAAGAGUUAGCACUAUGGAGAAGGAACUC